UAGGCGCGGGGCGCCGCGACGCGCGCGCCUCGCGCAUGCCGCCUGCCCACAGACACGCACUAUGUUGGCACUGUAUGCGCACUGCACUCAACACCGACUGCGCACGAACACCGACUGUGCAUCGACACCGAUACGAGCUGCGCAUCGACCUCUCGCCGCGGGCGUCCGCUGACGACUGCCGCGCGGCGCGCUGCCCCGCCCCCCGCGCCCUGCCCGCGGAGCUUAACUUAAACUUUAAGUUACAGGGCCCGAUGCUCUCGCGCAACCUCUCCGCGGAUCUCGCUUUGUUACCGCACAAAACCACCGCGCAUCUUACAGCUGAGCCGGUAACAUCGAAAUUGUUCUCACGAGGCGCGGGCGAAGUGAGCGGCUUUAGUGUGAAGUGCUCGGUCAGCUGGUACUCGCUUGUAAGAGCCAUAUUUACGAGCUGCCGACUGCAGACGAUGUGCGAUGGGAUUAAGUAAGUAACGACACAACAACUAAAAGGGAAAGAGACAUGAAGAAAUUUUGUUCCAGAUGGAUCGAUGACGUUCGCAGACGUGAUAAAAGUGGGGAAUACGGAAAAGGAAGGAUGGUAUAUGGUACUAGACAAUUUGCAGUCAUGGUUACCUAUGAAAAGAAAAUAUUUAUAAUUCAGUAUGUUUGUUGAAACAAUGCUUUUUACUUUUUAAUAUAUAAUUUUAA